AAAAAAAUAGAGAUUAGGCCCCGUAUUUAUAAAGAUAUCAAUCGUUUAUUUUAGGUUUAUUGCACACAUUUUUCAUACAAAAUUCCUACAAUAAACCAUCAACAACUUUAUUAAGCGAUUAUGAAUAUGUGAAUACGUUUUCGUCAAAUAUUUGAUAAGUGUGAAUGUAUUAGCGAAAAUGUAAACAAAGCAAAUGUCAUGAAAUACAAAAUAUUUACUUUAUGAAGAUACAACACGUGCAAUUGUUUUAUUAUUUGAAAUAAAAUGCAGCAAGAGGACAGUUAUUUUCGAGAUUAUGAAAAUCUUGAGGUACAUGAAAUUAUGCUUCGCGAUCGACCGCGACAAGAAGCUUAUAAAAAUGCAAUUUUAUCAAAUGCUUCACUUUUCAAAGAUAAAAUAGUUCUAGAUGUUGGAGCUGGCACUGGAAUAUUAUCUGCAUUUUGUGCUAAAGCUGGAGCAAAGUUGGUGUAUGCUGUAGAAGCUUCGAAUUUGGCGAAAAUUGCAUUAAAAGUGAUGGAGGAGAAUAACAUUACGUCUACAGUAAAGGUAAUACAUUCAAAGAUUGAGGAAUUUAUUUUACCAUCAUCAGCAGUAAAAGUUGAUAUUAUUGUUUCUGAAUGGAUGGGUUUCUAUUUACUUCAUGAGGGUAUGCUUGAUUCCGUAUUAUAUGCAAGAGACAACUUUCUUAAACCUGAUGGUUUAAUGUUUCCCAGUGAAUCUACAAUUUAUGUAGCUCCAUGCGCAGUGCCAUGUCUCUUUGAUGACUGGGAAGAAGUUGAUGGAGUCCGUUUGACAGCGUUUGGAACUAUGCUAAGACAACAAAAAUCGACUAAACCUGAAAUUGCACUAAUUUCUCCAAAGGAUUUACUCCACAGUGGUGUUGCAAUGCACUGGAUGAAUUUAAUGGAUGUUACUCUUGAAGACCUGAACAGUAUUGUUUUUCAAGAAGUUAUUCCUGUAAAGAAAUCUGGCAAACAUCAAGGCUUUUGCAUAUGGUUUGAUUGUAGAUUUCCUGCAGAAUCCUAUGAAGAUUCUAUUAUUUUAUCUACAAGUCCUAAUUCUCCAGCCACCCAUUGGAAGCAGUGCGUUGUUGUGCUGCCUGAAACGGCUUGUGAAGAUUUGGAGGAAAAUGCUCCAGUAUCAUUUAAAAUAUCAAUGAAACGUAAUAGUGAAAAUAAUCGUAAAUACGAUCUAGAAGUUGAACUUUUAGAUCCCAAUGAGGUUGAACAUCCAGUACCUUGUGAAUGUCAUUUAACCAAGUGUAUUCUUAUAAAAGCUCACUUACAAACAAUGGACACGUCAUAAAUAAAUUAUAUGAAAUAA